GUAGCGGCGGCGAAAAUGCGGUGCUCAAUCCUCGUCGUACUGGUUGCUGCCGUUGCGGCUCAGAGAUCCCCGGCGACGUUUCGGCAUGGCGUGCACCUGCAGAUCCGCGGCGUGGCCAGUGGUGAGCUGGAGACACCCGGUUUCACACGUGGGCAGAGCACGCCCAAUGGAUUCCAAGGCGCAGUCACAAUUCAAGCUCCGCGGGGAAGCAGAAUCCGCUUGGAUUUCGACCACUUCGACCUCGAGACGAGCGCCCAGUGCAGUGCGGACCGGCUCAUCAUCCAAGAGAACGGGGUAACGACAAGGACACUGUGCUCUAACUUGCGACCGCCGCCGUACCUGAGCAGGAACUCGGCAGUCACCGUCAUCCUCAGCACGGACAAGAUGAAAAGCAGCCGUGGCUUCGUGAUCCGCUUCACCGCCACUAGGAACAGCAGUGUGUGCGGAAGCCCCAGCCUGUUCGAGUGCGACAACUUGGCAUGCAUUCCGAGGACACGUGUAUGUGACGGACAGUUCGACUGCGCCGACGGCUCCGACGAGGGGCGCUGCAGCGUCAACCAGUGGUCGCCGCAGCUGGUGAAGAGCACGGAGUGCGGCAGCCCCAGUGAGCCAGACGCCGAGGUGUCCGACCGCAUCGUCGCAGGACAGGAGGCGGUGCCGCACAGCUGGCCCUGGCAGGCGAGCAUCCAGUUGAAAGGCUUCUGGCCAGCAGCUCACUUCUGCGGAGGAGCACUCUUACGCAACGACCUCGUUAUCACGGCGGCUCACUGCGUUCACGGGCAGCGUCCUGACGAGCUCGUGGUCAAACUCGGCAGCCACAACCUUGUCCACGACGACCCCGGCGUUCAGCUCAGGAGAGUCUCCGCCUACGCAAUGCACGACAGAUACCAGUCACACGACUUGACACACGAUCUGGCUGUGCUCAAGCUUUCGCCGCCAGUGAACUACACCGCGCACGUGCGACCUGUGUGCCUACCUGGGCUCCGACAGCAGCUGCCCGAGAACACCACCUGCUACGCCACUGGAUGGGGAAACACGCGAGGAAGCGGCCACUCGUUCUUGCUGAAGCAGGCCCGCCUCAUCGUGCGCGACUUCGACCAAGCGUGCGCCAGCAUCCUCAGCAUUCAGCCGAACCUUGGGAAGGACUACAUGGUGUGCGCCGUCGACGAAUCCAACGACGCUGGACCAUGUCACGGGGACAGCGGCGGUCCCUUGGUGUGCCGCCUGAACCGCUCCUCCAACUGGACGCUGGUGGGUAUGACAAGCCAAGGCACCACGGUGACCAUGACCAGCGCCCUGUGCGGAAUGGGUACCGGCACCGUCUGGAGCGGGGUCAUACCCAACCGCAGGUGGAUCGACUCGGCGCUGAGCAGGCUCUGAGAAUAAA